AUGGUAAAUAAAUCUCCAAGUGUAUUAUCAGUAUUAAAUAAUAUCAAAGAUGAUACAAUAAAUAAGAAGAAAAAUCAAAAAUAUCUCCUUCAAUAUCUCAAACCACAUACACAAACAAAUAAACAUCAAACACCAAUUGAACAACAAUAUUAUCGAUCACAUUUAAAUUUAAUAACAAUUUUAAUUAGUUUAUUUCUUCUGAUUAGUAUUACCAUUGGUGUAUAUCAUAUAUUUAGAUAUUUUAUUCUUAAAAAUAUGUCGAAAAAAUCAAAACAAAUAAUAUUACCAACAACAAGUAUAAUCAAUGAAAAACUAACUUUAUUAAAAUCAUUAAGUAGAAAAAAUAAAACUGAUUAUACAAAUGUCAACUUUUCAUAG